CAUCAUCCAUGGAGGGCUGCUACUGUUUCAGUGGCGAGCUAUUGCGGCGAGAUGACGACGGCACCCACGACGCCGAGGAUGGCAGGGAAACCCACAUCGAAAAUUGUGGAAAUCGACAUGUGCAAGAGCAGCCAUAAAUACGCACCAUUCAACCGUAUCGAGAAGGAUAGGCGCACUAAGAUCCCCGAGAAGCAUAUCCUGCCAGAGCACAUUUUCUAUGCAGGCAUAAUGUAGCUCUUGCGCCCUGCCCGCAAACAUUCAGCGUCCUGAAGUCUGCAAGUCGGACAUGGUAAGACCACCUGUGAGCGCAGAUCAGUAUCCUAUGCGAGGAGAAACAGACCGCAGACAUGAUGAAACUUGGUGGCGGCUUCUGGGAUGGAGGCCCGGCAAGGGAAGCAACAUCUACGUUGGAAACACUAGGUAGCAUUCACGUGGAGGACGGUCCCACCGCAGACCACGCAUUCCAUGUCUCUCAGCUGGCGAUUAUCCUCGAUCGGACAAGUUCACGAAUCAUCAGAGUGACUCGAAUAACGUGCGUUUGACAUUCUCCGACAAAGCAGCAGGCAUCCUAUAAUGACGUGUUUCUUCGCCCACCUCUGCCUU